UUGUGUUUGUUUUUUUUACGCUCGAGUGUGCCACCCAACAUACCACACCAACGACCGGCUCUCCGCGGACCACCUACCACAACCGUCGUAGCCGCGUCAAAUUGGCUCCCCGCAGAGGAAUCAUCGCCUCAAGACAGCGUAAAGACAACAUGACCGGCCAACAGCAGGAGAAGUGGCAGCAGGUGGCCGAGUUAAUCCAACGGCUGGGGCUGGUAUCCGGUGGCCAGGAUGAGCCGCGAACAGCCGCCCAGGUCGCGAGGAUGACUACCCGCCAACUCCUGCAGGAUCCAGUGCGGGCGGCCAUCUACAACCGGGGCUGGGCGGACCGUACGAUGGACAUCCAGCGGAGGUUGCGGCCACACCGACCACCAUCAACAUCAACACCCGGCAGCCGCACACCGUCCCUGACAAGGCCACCACCCCCAGCAACGACACCUGCCCCCGUAACACCUGCGGAGCCGGCACCGGUACCCAGGCAAACGGGGGUACUCCCCGGCCCAACGGGAAAGGUGAGGACGGAGGCGCAGCAGGCACGGAACCGCCGGAAAUUCCAGCAGCUAAAGGAAAAGAGGAAAGCCAGGGAAAGCGAGGCAAGCCAACAACGUCGGCUUGCCAAGCAACCCGCGCCAACCUCAGACCCGGAAGCAGCCGGCACGCCUCCGGCCAACCCAACACCGAUGGAGGUGGACAAACCGGCAUCCAAGGACGGCAAGUCCGAGGAGCCGGGACAGCCCACCAGCCAGGAGUCACCAGACCAAUCAGAGGCCACGGUGGACAUAACCGAGGCAGAUUGGCUGGUGGCGUUCGAGGGGAUGCCGGAGUUAGACGACACACACUCGUUCUACACUCCGGUAGGGUCCCCAAAACACCCCCAGUAACACACACGGGCGCGGGCAAGUCUACCUCAAGCGAAAGCCAGAGGUAGUACAAGCCACCCCCUCCCCUAAUAGCACACAGACACCGGUACAAGUGUACCCCGUGUGACGGUUUGGCGGGGGAGUAUGACGCGGUACGCAGCGGCCACCAGUACAAAGUACAGGUACCGCAGCGACCAGUCUACACUUUUCGUCAACCGCCACUACGGGCUACAGCGCGACAACGCCAACUCCCCCACCACGCCACAAAGGCACAAGGUGGGACGGGAAGGCGAGUCGCGUAGAACGAGUACCGGCCGUCGUAGACCUACCACUAGCAACGUAACCCACGUCGUGAGCACAGCCACACGACCACAAAGAGAGAGAUCUAUAUUUUCAUAUAGCCCGCCGUCAUUUUGUGUUCUUUUUUUUUUAUAUCUUUCUUUGCUACAUAUAUUUAUAUAUAUAUAUCUACGUACACCCGGUACGGGAAAAAUAAACCCAACCAUCGACACCCGAAAUUGUGUUUGUUUUUUUUACGCUCGAGUGUGCCACCCAACAUACCACACCAACGACCGGCUCUCCGCGGACCA